UCAGUACGAUUCGAUCAUUCGUCGUAACACGUCCAAGUCCACGAAAGAACUACAAAAUUCAAGACGCAGUCUUCUGCAUCGCUUCGUCUCAGUCGUCGUGGUGGCGCAGAAAGAAAGAAGUACCAAAAGCGACCCAAAAAACAAAAAAAAAAGGGUUCGCGAGUGUUGUUCAAUUUGGCAAAUGUAGAGUUUUAUCCCGUUGCUGUGUGUGCGUGCGUGAGUGUUUGAGUGUGUGUGCAAAAUACUGUGAACCGUUAUUCAUGCAAAAGCCCAACUGUUUCGGUGUUUCAGUGCUUUGAGAGUGUGUCAAAAGAUAAUAGAAAAAGGAGAGAAGAAAAAAAAAACAUCGACCAAAGACCUUUUAAUUUAAAACAAGACGAAAACGAACAAAAACCAAGUAACGGAAACAUCGAAGUCGCCAAAGCAGCAUGGCGGCAAUUCGUCCGCCACCCACCAACUCUUCAAGUGCUCUCGCUCUCCCAUCAUCGGCCAUAUGUCUGAAUUGUGCGCAGCAGCAGCGGCGCUGCCAUCGCCAACGCCAUCCGACUUUGCAGAUUUACUGCGCCUGGGCGCUGAUCACUCUGCUGGCUGCCAGCGCCGCCAUCGUCGUCCAGAGUGCCGCCGUUUCCUUUGGUGAUCUGCUGUCACAUCCCACAUUCAAGCCAUUGUGCAGUGCCCAGCCAGAACAUUUCAUUGAGAGCGAGGGCAAAGAGUCUAGUCUCAUUAUAGAACUGAAGCCGGGUGGCUUUGGGGCCCAGCAUUCCACCUGUACACGCAUACUGAGUGCUCCACCCAACUACGGUUUCAUUGUGCGCCUCAUCCUGCCCAAGCUGCGUCACAACCAGCAACCCAAUGACGACAAUAUUGGAAGCAUCGGCACCAUACCCGGCCCUGGCAGCUCCCAAUCAGCAAACAUCAUGCCGGCUACUGGUAGCCUCACAAAAUCAAGACAGUCGCCAGGCAGCUUGACGGAAAUGUCGGCACUGAUGGAUCGACUGAAUAGCUCAGGAACUGUAUCGGCCCCGUCAGCCACGCUGGUGGGACGCACCUGUCCAUUGAAUAUUUUCAGCUCUUUGGAUCCCCACACGGCGCAAUGGCGUGUGGAUCCCUGCCAACUGGAGGACACAGCAUCGGAAAUGGAGGAUCCAGUGAGGCUGUUCCACGGCCGUGUAAGAAUCGUGUGGGAGCAUGGUCAGAAUGCCUUGAAGUCGAAGCUGAUGAUCACAGUGUUGGGCAAGGGAGAGCAGUGCAAGGACAAGUCCAAGCAUCAGUGCCUAAAGAUUGGAGACGAGCCCAUUUUGUGCAUUUCUAAGGAACUGGCCUGUGAUGGCAUCCGCCAUUGCCCGUACAGUAAUGAAUACGACAGUGACGAGGACUACGAGCUGUGCUUUAAACAGCGUCGUCCUGGUGCCGGCACCUUGCCCUCUGCUCUGGAGUCGGAUCUGUUUGAGCAGUUCGCCUUGGAAGUGUUCCGCAAUCUGUUCGCCUACGAUGCGCCUACAGGGCCCGAAGGAGAUGGGCCACGUAAUGUCACUGCCUCAGGCAAUGGAACGACAGCAAUGACGUCAACCACCACUCUGCGUAAGGUGUAUACCAAAGAUAUGAAGAAGCCAGCCGGAGGAGAGGGCUCCCCCAACUCGAUUGGCGAGAACUCAGAAGGGGAUGGUGGGGCCGUCGCCACCAAGCAGGAUAAUGAAACUGCCGAAACAACGGGAACUGGCAUGGGUAGCAGCGGCAGUGGCUUCACACGGCGUAAUUCCACACGAAAUGGCAUCCACUCGGAUCUGUCGAAAUACGGACCAUGGGGCUAUCUCAUGCUCGGCAUGCUCCUUUGCGGCGGGGCCCUACUCAUUUGCGGCCUCUGGGCCUCAGCAUCACAGCACGCUGUUAACAACGAGCGGGAGGCGGCGCUGGCCGCUGCCAAUGGCGGAGCAGGUGGCCUGGAUCAUCAGUUGAAUGUUGCCUCGCCGCCCAACUACGAGGAACUGGACCCACCGCCAGCCUACUCGGUUCUGUUCCCGAAUCAGAAGGCUGCCAGCAGCAACACUUUGAAUUUGGAUGGAGCUGCCGCCAGUUCCAGUAACAAUGCCAACUCCACAGCGUCAGCAGCAGCAGCAGGAACGCCAACGGCAACCCCAUCAGCGACUCUAGCAGCAGUAGCAUCAUCUGAAACCCGACCAGACCUUAGCUCAUAAAGCCUGACAAAUGGGUGGUCACUCCAUGCGAUGGCACCUGCCUGGCAAUUGUGUAAUAGUUUAGGUUCCAUUUUAACUUUGACUGACUCUGAUGCAAUUAGUUUAACAAAUCAAUUUAGUGAUAGCUUUAAGUACUACCUACAAACAGACAUACACAAACAUUACAUUAUCUAUUAAAUAUGCAUGAGCAAACGAAGUUGUGUGGAAAAAGGGGGAGAACAAAAGAGAUCCCCCUGCUGCUGACAAGUGAAAUGAAUCCCCUCCUUCGAUAAUUGUAUAAAAAAAGAAACCGAUGAUGGCGUCGCUUAAUAAUUUUUGUAUUUUCGUUAAUUUAAAAUUUAAUGUGAUAUAAAUUUAAAACCUAAUAAAAACAAAAACAAACAUAUCAAA